AUGGUUGGUGAAGUUCAAUCAUCUAAUAGUCCUAAUGUUGCUUUGGAAGGGAAUGAAGUUCCUAUAGAAAGUAAUGGAGUUUCACUCACACAAGAAGUUCAAUCUACUCCAAAUGAAAUAAAUAUAGAAAAUCAAGAUCCUGAAGCUCCUGUUGAACCCACUACAAGUCCUAACAAAAGGGGAUUAAAAUCAGAUGCUUGGCCCUAUUUUAAAAGGCAAAAAAUAGGAGGUCUUUGGAAGGCUAUAUGCAAAUCUUGUGAUAAGAAAAUUGGUGGUGAUACAAAAAAUGGUACUAAACAUUUACUUGAUCAUAUUAGCAUAUGUCCAAAACGCACAGAGAGAGGUCCAAAACAAGCCAUGCUUAAAGUGACAGAAAAAAAAUCUGGAAACAGACAUGAAUCAUUUGUGGUUGGAAAUUAUACAUUUAAUCAAGAUGUUUCUAGGAACGUUGCUUCAGAGUCCGCCUUUAGUACUAGUGGUCGUGUUUUAAGUCAACAACGUAGUAGGUUGAAGGAAGACACUUUAGAGGCUUUGAUGUGCACUCAAGAUUGGAUCCGAAAAGAUAUAAAAGGUUACUCAAAAACGUUGACUCAAUUCGAAUGUGUGGAUGAAGAUAUGGAUGAUGAUGAUGAUGAUGAUGAUGAUGAUGAUGAUAAUAAGGAAAAAGAAAGUCAUAUCUAA